CACCCAACCACGCCAGCACGAACGCGCUUCGCCCCAAGUCCAACAGGAUUCCUCCACCUCGGUGGAUUGCGGACCGCAUUGUACAACUACCUCCUCGCAAAAAAUACCGGGGGACAGUUUCUCCUGCGAAUCGAGGAUACGGAUCAAGCUCGUACAGUCCCCGGCGCAGAAGAAUCGCUACAAAGAACGCUAUCGUGGGCCGGGCUCACACCGGAUGAAUCACCGACAUCUGGAGGCUCAUAUGGACCCUACAAACAGUCUGAGCGAUUACCGAUAUACAGGCAACAUGCUGAGGACCUAGUCCAGCGUGGGCAGGCGUAUAGGUGUUUCUGCUCUGCUGAGAGGUUGGAGAGCUUGCGAAAUCAGGGCGCGGGCGUGAAUCGAGCGGUGGGGAGCUAUGACAGAGCAUGUACGCAUAUCUCUGAUGCCGAAAGCCAGGAGCGUGUGGCGAAGGGAGAACGGCACACGAUCCGCCUUCUUACGCCGGAUGAGUUUCCAAAGGUGAACGACCUGGUUUUCGGCACUGUUCAGUUUCACCGGGCACCAGAAGCAAAGGCGGCGGCGGGUCCUAAUGUUUUUGCGGCACAAGCGACGUAUGAUGAUCCAGUUCUUCUCAAAUCAGACGGGUAUCCAACCUACCACCUCGCAUCUGUCGUGGACGACCACUUGAUGCAAAUCUCUCACGUCGUGCGCGGGGAAGAAUGGUUACCAUCCACACCAAAACACCUAGCAAUCUACGACGCCUUUGGCUGGGACGCACCCAAGUUCGCCCAUCUACCACUUCUGACGAACCUCGAAGGGAAGAAGUUGAGUAAGCGGGAGAACGAUGCAAAUGUGGACAUGUAUAUCAAGGAGGGAUAUCUGCCUGAAGCAUUAUUGAAUUUUGUUGCGUUGUUGGGGUGGGGAGCUCCGAUGACGAUGCGGGAUCAGGUGUUUACGUUGGAGGAGAUGACGAAGGCGUUCAGACUUGAUAAAGUUACGAAAGGAUCUACAGCCGUCGCACCCGAGAAGCUCAUCUUCCUCAACAAGAAACACCUUUCUCAGCGG